AUGUUCGAGUCUCUUGCUAGCCACGGGAACAAUAAAAAUAUGCACAGAAACCACAGUGGCAAUCCUGGGUCUAACGUAACCCAGCGGAGGUGGAAUGGCCGGUAUCACGGCAGCACUUUAUCAAACGCAUCGAUUCAUGACUUUGUCAUUUUAGAAUACCGAAAUACUAUUGGCGGGCGCGUUUGGAGUACGGACUUCGGUCAGGACAAGACUGGAAAACCUUACGUGAUAGAACUUGGUGCGAACUGGCGCAGUUACACGGUGUCGGAACAAGUGGAGCAGGCCAACAAACACAGACUCAAGAACACACCGGACAAUUUCAGCUCCGUUCUUACCUAUGACGAGACCGGCUACAGCGACUACCAGGAUCUGUUAGAUGCCAUCAGCGACGUCAAGGAUGUAGCCUACAGAAAUGCGGGACAGAUGCUACUAGACAAUAUUCAAGAUCAUAAUGCGCGUACCGGAUUUGCUCUGGCGGGCUGGAACCCCCAGCGCAGCGAUAUGAAGGCACAAGCAGUGGAAUGGUGGAAUUGGGCCAGCCCUGAAGCCAGUUCAUUCAUUUUCGGAGUAGCCGCCGAGAAUCUCACAUUCAACCAAUUUGGCGAAGACAACCACAUGGUGGUGGAUCCUCGCGGAUACAGUACAAUCAUCGAACGCGAGGCGUCAACCUUCCUCCACAAAGAGGUCCAAGACCGUCGGCUCCGGCUUAACACUCAAGUGACUGAUAUCAAAUAUUCCAAUAAAGGUGUCAAAAUCACCAACAGCGAUGGUAGUUGUGUCAGUGCAGCAUAUGCCGUUUGCACGUUUUCUCUGGGCGUACUGCAGAACGAUGUCGUACAGUUCGACCCGGCCUUGCCCAAAUGGAAACAAACUGCCAUUCAGAAGUUCACCAUGGGCACAUACACCAAGAUCUUUCUACAGUUUGAUGAGACGUUCUGGCCACCCGACUCACAGUUUUUCCUCUAUGCGUCGCCUACCACCCGCGGGUACUACCCGGUAUUCCAAUCUCUUUCGAAAGACGGCUUCAUGCCUGGGUCUAACAUCCUGUUCGUGACUGUCGUGGAAGAGCAAGCAUACCGUGUAGAGAGACAGUCCGACGAGGAAACCAAAGGGGAGAUACUCGCUGUCCUUCGCGAGAUGUUUCCAGAUAAGCGAAUACCCGAGCCAACCGCAUUCGUAUAUCCCCGAUGGAACAACGAGCCCUGGGCGUACGGCAGCUACUCCAACUGGCCAGUGGGGACCACACUAGAGAUGCAUCAGAAUCUACGUGCCAAUGUAGACCGGCUGUGGUUCGCCGGAGAGGCGACCAGCGCGUCGUAUUUUGGAUUCUUACACGGAGCGUGGUUUGAGGGCCGUGAGGCGGGCGAGCAAAUCGCUGCGAUGUUGCAAGAUCGAUGCUCGACUACUCAUGGUAUAGAGACCUGCGGAGAUCGCACCCAUUAUGAUGUUUUACAUGGCACGACGCCAGGAGAUGCGUAUACUAUCAUCAAUGGGUGGCCGGUUAACAGCACGAAUCUAUAA